UAAAAUUCAUUUCUAAUGGUUUAUAGGGAAUUAGAAUCAGCAAGGCUUGAUGUGGUUGAGAAAGUCUCAAAAUAUGGCUUUAAUCUUCUGAAAAAUAUUUCAAAUUCUGGAUCCACAGUGCUUAAUGUACCCAGAACUAAGCAGAUCAUAAUAUUGGUCAUACCGAAUGGCUACAGCCAUGGUUUAGUAGAUUUCACUGUUGCUACAAAAGUAAGCCCUCAUGCGUGAUCAUAACUAUUUAGCCUCUAGAGUCUUCAUCCUCAAUCACAAAAAUAAUUCUGAUUUCAGUGGGAACUACUGUUUUGUGCUGAUGAAUCUGAAUCUGCAUCGGUAAUCCAAGAAUAAUAUUUGUAGUGUACAAGAUUUGUAAAGCAGAGCUUGAUGACAAGACUAGUUCAAAAAUUGCUCCAAAGUCCCAACCAAGGAACCCGAUCAAGUCAAUUCUGGAUGUAUCAAACGAAAUUAUAAACCACGACUCUAUCUCUUUACCUGAUCUUGGAGGAGGCCUGGGGAGGCAAGCAGAAUUCUUGAACAAUGGAGCGAUAAUUUCAAAGAUAAACCAAUGGAAGAAGCGCCGUCAUAAUCAUGCAUCAACUGUACCAUCUGGCAAGAGUAGGAACCCUCGUCGAGUUAUUUACCAAAUUUAGGAUUUAAUAUCCUUGAGUUUGUAUACAGCUGACUAAAAUAAUU